CACAUCCAUUGGAGGAGGUUCCAUUGCAUUCUGUUCAGCCUCGUAGCCCCACUCACUCACCGGCCCCAGCUUCCCUUCUUCUUCCUCUCCUUCGUCGUCGUCUACUUCUUCUUCGUAACUCAUUCUGUCUGCUCUUCUCGGUGCUGAACCAGAUGGCGAAAGCGAGGAGGCGUCGCGUGCCGGCGUUCGGGGAGUGGAACUACAACUACCACCACGACGAGCCGCAGGCGACGGCGGCACUUCCGCCGGCCGUUGUUGCACCGGCCGCGUGCUACGCCACGCCUGAGGCGGAGGCCUGCAGCGACGUGUGGUUCAGGUACUCACCGCCCCCGCGCAAUCCCACGGCCACGCCCAAGAAGCAGGCUAGGCGGCGGCCCGAGGGCGACGUGCCCCGGGAGCGUUCCAAGAGCGGCGGCUCCAGGCGGGUGGUGCGGCCGGUCGACGGGGACCUGUACCAGGUGCCACCGCCGAAGCUCGCCUCCCACCGGCGGCCAACCAAGACGGGGGGCCUGUGGAUGGGAUGCCUGGGCCUCAGCUCAUGCGUCCACUGAACCCAACAUGUCGUGAUGAUCGAUGGGAUGCUGCGUCCUGCGUGCGUCUUCAUCGCCAGUAUUUAUUUGCCCUUUCUGUUGGAUACAGGUGGUUUUAGAACCUCGAAGUAACUUUUUUUUAUCAUGUUGAUGUGCUUUGUACUUCCGGUGAAGUUUGAUACUACUAAUAGAUCUAAAUCAUUUCCGCAAAAAAUGUGUACAGUUCUGUCUCUCUCAGAGUGCAUGCGCUUUCUUGGCUUGUGGUACGAUGGUAGUACAUGGCUAGUACUGGCAACGCUAGCCGUGUAAUUAACAUUCGUAGUAACACUUCGAAUUUCUCUUCAUCUUGUGUAAUGUGGCAACAUCUCGUGUUGUGCUAGUACUGCCUUUGUUGCGUGAAA